ACCACGAGGCCGUGACGGCGCUACCGGAGUGUGUCGAAUAGUAGCAGACAGCUGGCAGCUAGCGCGCGCCAGACUUCUCGUACUUUAAACGCGUGUCGUACGUGGCAUAGGGUAGAGUGCCGUGCGAUUGGCGACGUGCCGAUCGGUUGAAACAGGGGUAAAUUCUCGUGAAAAAGCUUCUCUCGCUAUUUCGCUAAAGUUAUCGUCGUGGUACGUCGAUCGAAUGACAACGAUAUAAGAUGUCACUGUCGGCCGCUGUUUGCCAGAGUCGGUAAUAGAUGCAGUGAACAACGCAACCUGAUAUCACGUGAAAGAAAGAAAGAGAGAAGCAAACUCUUCUGCAGGCUUUUAACGUGAUUUGUGUAUUUGAUCUUCCCAUUCCGUAUAUGUACUCAAAUUAAAAGUCCGAAAUUAAAAUUUUCAAAUUAAAAAUUAAAAGUCUCAAAUUAAAAAUUAAAAGUCUCAAAUUAAAAUGCGAAUACGAUAUGCUGUGUCGACAAUUAUCGUGAUGUCAUUUACGGCUAUAUAAAAAACCUCGUUGGGAAGAAAAUUUUGCAACUGCAACCGAUGACAUUGCCGGUUUUCAAAUUAUAAGAUAAGAAAAAAAAUAGACAAAAGUGAUAAACCUCGUUGGAAUCAGCGAAAGCAAAUUCGUGAAGAUUUUUUGAAUUCGCUCCUUAUUGUGGAGCAGUCAUCGUUAUUGCGAAAAACAAGUCUAAAUGUGUUCGAUAGCGAUGCCGGCCGAUCUGAUCCUGGGGCAUAAUCCUCCGGUAUACAGUUCUUUGCUGUAUAGCCCUUUGGUAGUAACAGCACCGACGAUUACCAGCAGGUCAGUGCCACCCAGAAUCAGACCAUGCCUUUCCUCGGGAUCUUUGACUCUUAACACGCUUCAAAACAACAAUGGAAAUAGCAAGCAGAAGAAACGGGUAGUAUUCGCUGAUGAUCGUGGCCGUCCGCUUACUCAGGUUCGCGUAAUGUCAGAACCUAGCAACGUGCCACCAUUAUGGAGCACGGCUUACGUAGCAGGCCUCACCGGUGGUUUGCUCCGUGCGUCGAAGGAGAAUCAGGAUACGGCGCAGGACACUACGUCACCUUGGCAGGUGGCCUUCCCACAGCCGGCGAGCGAUUAUCUCGCCUUCCGCCACAAACUCGAUCAGGAUAACGUCAGUCUGGAGAACGUGAUCGUGCGGGAGUCUGAGCAGUGCUUAGUGGGUACGGUAAAGGUCAGAAACUUGACCUACGAUAAGGAGGUUGUGGUGAGGGCCAGCAGCGAUUGCUGGUCCACUCACGAAGACGUGCAUUGCACGUACGUGGAGCAGCCUGGGGCAUCGGUCCUCAUCCUCUAUGACACCUUUCGUUUCCGGCUGACGUUGCCGGUGGCGUCUAAUGUUGUCGAGUUUUGCGUACGAUACCGCGCUGACGGCAAGGAGUCGUGGGAUAACAACGAUGGCAAAAAUUAUUUGGUUCGCAAGAAGCAGGAGUCUCGAAUAUCAGUUAAACGAUUCGAUAAUUCGUCGAUAACGUGUAACGGCCUCUCGAGCAACAACGGGAUGAGGGAUGUCCCACGCAUUACAGAUGCCACCAGAAUGAACAUGCGCACUUGGAGCGAGUUCGCAUCUUGGCAUCAUUUAACUAACGAUGCUCCCUACUGGUGAAUCUUUCGGGGAGACUACCUCCUCGUCAAUACGACGUACGAAGUUGUACGCAAAUUCUUCCACUUGCUCUUUCGAUCUUCAAUCGCAGAGAUGUAGAUCAUGCGAGAUCAUGAGGUAUCUCGCGACGCAUGUGUCAGAGAAAACGGAGAAGAUGAAUACGAGACGAGAGGAAAGAAGUUACGCUCGACAAUCUAAUUGAGAACGAGGAACAAGAGCGCGACGCGGGAAGAAAAUCAAUCCGCGAAGGACGAUAAUGAACGCAGCGGACGAACGCGCGGAUAACGUAAUCUGUACGUGUUCACGUAGUGGGAGGGAGCAGCUGAGCGGAGGUCAUUUAGUAAGAUGUCUGUAUAAAAAAUCAUGGCUGUGAUUUGAGCGCCUAAUUUGGGCGCAACCACCACCGUAACGCUGAGCGGCGGUGAUAUAUUUACGCGAAGCCACUCGCUGAACGGCGAAAUGGCUCUCCAAAUAUGCUCCUUCAACAAUCUUCCGCUAGCACGGCAGCAUGGCAGCACGACAGAUCUCGAUAACGUCACGAGUACAAGUUUUUUGGCAUCCGCGGAAUCGUAUGAAAUCGUCGAGGUCACUCGUCCGCUUCCCGUUUUAUAUCAGCUACGUUCAUCGACGCGAACAUCGUCAUUUCCUCUUCCUCCUUUUUCUCUUCCUCUUCUUUAUUUCUAGGAUCUUCGAUUCUUCGGACCUGAGGACACCCAUCGAGAACAAGCUUCCAUUCUUGAGUUGAUCAGAUCUCGCUGCUCUCAUUGUAUUGGCUAUAUUAUCGAUAAUAGUCUUAAGCUAAGCUCCGUUUCUUUCUUCGUAUGUUUCUUCUUCUGCUUCAUUAUUUUCUCUUUUCCUUUUUCCAUUUCUUAUUCCUUAUUUUUUCCUAUAUCCUCGACACGAUCCUCUCUAUUAAAAAGUAGAUUUACGAUUAGGUGUGUUAUUGUUUUAUAAGUAUAACGAAGACAUAAGAUGUAUUUAGUCUAAUAAAACUUUUGUAUAAGCAAACAAUUACAGCUAUCCUGCAAUUAUAUCGCAACGUAUUUUGGCGUAUGGAAUAAUGUACAGCUAUUCUGUAGCGUCAGCAUGUGUAAUUCGCUUUUCAUGCAACACAAACAUUUGAAACACAUUUUAAUUUACAAGUUUUUAAUAUCUCUUUUGGAUUAUUAUAUCAUGCGAAUAAUGUUAUAGUCAUUAAAAUUUGUAUUAUGGCCAUUUAUAAUGACUAUAAAUUACAAACUGCAGCCGAUAUGAAUAUUAUCAACAAAAAAUAAUAGAAUAAUAAUAAUAAUAAUAAUUUCAGUCACGAGCAAUCUUAUUCUUUGACUGGUGCACAAUGUAACAAAUUUAUAUCAUAAUCUCUUCGGCGUGUACCGUUUUGCGAUCAAACGGUAAAUUAUAUAAGGCAUUUUAUAUAACUUAUACAGCAUAGAAAGAUUGCAGGAACAUUGCAUAGAUAUUACACGGAAACAUUGUAACAUUCCAUAUAUGUUAUGAAACAUUGAUGCAACAUUGCCGCAAAGUUGCAGCAAUGUUGAAAUACCCGCUCUUAGAAACGUUGUAAUGAAACAUUGUAGCAACGUUACGGUAAAAUGUAAUAUAAUGGUUGCAUUGAGCAGAAGAAGCAGCUUUCCACUGUACUGUUAGUAGUUUUGUAACUAUUGUAAGAAUUUCUGUUAAGAGAUACUUAGCGGUUAACACUUUUCCAUCCUGUUUAUUAAGUGGUCCGACGUGUUAAAAGUAUAUACUUUUAACAUAUGUUAGAAGAAAUAGCGACUGCUUAGUAAACAUGUUGGCGUAAACCACCAAUGUCAUUCAAUAGAAAAUCUUACAAAGUUACUAGCAGCUCAUAAUAAAGUUAAACUGCGUUUUUUUGUUAAAUAUACAAGUAUAGGUAGCACGUAAUAUGGUUUGUUCUUUUUAGUUGACUUGACUGCACUAGUUCAAGAAAUAUACACAGACUAAAAUAUGAGAAUUUCGUACAUAUGUUUUAUAUGCUUUAAUAUGUAUAUAAAUUUUUUAACUAGCGUAGCCACUUCAGUUGAAAAGAACAGACCAAUAGAUAAUGCAGCAUGCAGACGCUAUGAAGGCAUAAUAAAGAUAUAAGAAAAUAUAGACAUAAGUGAAUACUUGUAAUGAUCCACAUAAGCGAUCGUUACUAAACCGAUUAGAGAAACGCAUAACAACGCGACCGCGAAGAAAAAGAAACGCGAAAAGACAAUGCGUCCUUCCGGUAAACACCGAGACCGCCGAACAUCCGCGGUAAAUA